UUUUAUGGCUUAGAGCAAAGGAUAAACCCACCUCAAAAAGAUGUUUUUACCAAGCAGAAAGAUAGCACAGGCAAACAGACAUGUCAAUGUUGCAAAUGGAAAAAAGGUCUCAGAAAUUUCCGCUGCAAAAAAAACCUGAAAAACAACUUCUAGCUGAAACUGUAACUUUUAAUGAUCGGGUAUUAGUAACAGGAAUAUGGUAAUUAUAGUAGUUAUGAUAGGCUAUAGGUAGAAGUUAAGAUAUAGAUUGGUUCUUAUGUAUUAAGAUGCUCAGCAAAGAGAAGUAUAUAAUGCAUUAGAACCAAAAUUAAAGGGUCUUCAGGCUUGCCUGGAGCUGGAGGUGACAUCUGUGGGUAGAGGCUCCACUGGCCAUGAACCUGGACUGCUGAAUCAUCUUCAAUUCAAUAAUUGAAGAUGUUUCAAUAAUUGAACUAUUUUGAAGAUCCACCUGGAGUCCAGCAAAUGUCAUUCAGGCUCUUACUAAGAAGAACUGAAAAAAAACCAGAGAUUCAGAUUGGUCAUUGCUUUCCCUGAAACCCAAAGCUUCUCAAUGGGACUAGAAAGCGGUCCACGCAUGAUUUUCUGUGUUUGUGUUCGAGAAUUUGCAUUCCAAUGUUUACCCUUUCUCCUCUGAAAUGCACUGAGCACUGUAGUGAACAUGUUCCUCUAGAGAAGGUCGGCCACCCCAUGUAGAAUAACCGUUUGUUUGAAUGAUGUCUCAGAUGCAUGAAGUACAGGAAAAGCCUCCCUCAUGCUGUGGGGUCCUGAAGUGAUACACUUUAAUGUUGUAAAUUACUAUAAAUCUGGGAUUAGAAAAUGAAAAAAAUGUGUUAGACUGAAAUAAAGAGAACACUUGACUGCUUUAGUGGAGACAGAAUUCCUUCAAGAGAGGUUCUUUCUGGGAAAGCCCUGUCAAGACAUUCCAAAAUUCUGCGUGUUAUUUCUCCCCGUGUCCCUUGACAGCAGCAGUGUUGGGUGGGUACAGCGCCUGAGUGUGGAGAUGCAGCCGGGAGAGUGUUCAUUGGCAUGCCCGUGCUGUCAGCAUCGCACUAUGUCUGUGCGGUUUCUCCUUUGGUGGAAUGCGGCGCGGUCGUUGCGGGCCGAGCCUCGUCUUUGGGCUGCCCUGGUUCCGCGGCGUUCGGUUCCCGGCCCGGUGUCCCGGCGGGUUCGCAGUCGCGGGCCGGGGCGAGCGGCAGCGCGGGCUGCGGGCGGCGGCGGCUGCAGUCCCAGCGCGCACCGCUGGGUGGUGCCCUCGGCCAAGGCGGCGCCGAGCGGCUGCGGCAGCGGAGGCGGCCGAGCCCGGAGCGGCACAGCCCGAGCGAGCCCGGCCCGGCCCGGCCCGGCCCGGCCCGGCUUAGAGCAGCGCAGCGCAGCCGGGCGGAGGUGGCAGCGGCUGCGGCAGCGAGCGCUGCCCCGUGUCCCCCGCUGCCGGGACAGCCCGGCUGCAGAGGUUGCGGAGCGCCGGCCGCAAUCUGAGGCAGCGAGGGAAGGCGCCCGCGCCGCACUUGGCCGCUUGCUUUCGGCGGGGAAUCGCCCGGGACAGCCGCCCAGAGAGCGACACCGGCCGCCGCCGCCGCCGCCGCCGCCGCGCCAUGGCGCUCGCAAGGCAAGUGCUUUGUGUGUGUGCUUUGCUGUCGCUGCCGCUCGCUCGCGCCGAGCCCAUCCGCUACUCCGUGGCCGAGGAGGCGGAAAGCGGCUCCCUGGUGGGCAAGCUGGCGGAGGAUGCGGGGCUGCCGCCGGCGCAGCUCUCGGCUCGCCGCGCCCGCCUGGUGUCGGAGGACGGCCGGCAGCAUUUUCGCUUGGAGCGCGCCUCCGGCCGCCUGCUGGUGGCGGGGAGGCUGGACCGGGAGCAGCUGUGCGGCCAGUCCGCCACCUGCAUGCUCCCCUUGGAGCUGCUGCUCUCCAGCCCCCUGCAGUUCUUUCGCGUCGAGGUGACUCUGGAGGACAUCAAUGACCAUUCCCCCGUCUUCCCCGAGAAACGAGUCACAUUUAAGAUCCCUGAAACCAGCGAAUCGGGUUCACAUUUCCCGCUGGAGGAGGCUCAGGACCUCGAUAUUGGCAGCAACAGCGUCCUGGAGUACAGCAUCUUUCCCGAGAAUGAGUACUUUAAUGUCUCCUAUGGAAGUGGGACUGAGGAUGACAAAUAUGUUGAACUUAUUUUGGAAAAGCCACUAGACAGAGAGGUUCAGGCAGAGAUGGGUUUCAGUGUUAUUGCUGUGGACGGUGGCUCUCCUCCUAGAAGUGGGACUAUUGAGAUCUCUAUUAUCGUUCUAGAUGUAAAUGACAAUGUUCCCAAAUUCACGCAAGAACGUUAUGUUGGGAAGGUUUUGGAGAACAUGCCAGAAGGCUCUGUGGUUCUGACUGUGCUGGCAACUGAUCCAGAUGCAGGAGUUAAUGGGGACAUCUCCUAUCAACUCAGCCAGGCAGUGGGACAGAGUGACUCAGCAUUUGUGAUUGAUGCCAUAACUGGUGAAAUUAAACUCACAAAACCUCUGGACUUCGAGGAGGCAGAAACUCAUGAAUUCCGUGUGAGAGCCAGAGAUGGUGGAGGACUCUCAGCUAUGUGCAAAGUGUUGGUGGAGGUGGUGGAUGUGAAUGACAAUGCCCCAGAGGUGGUGGUCAGUUCCUUCAGCAGUCCCCUCCCCGAGAACACAGUGCCCGGCACGGUGGUUGCCCUGUUCUCGGUCAGGGACCGGGAUUCUGGUGCCAACGGGAAGAUCUCCUGUGCCCUGGAGGAUGAGCUGUCCUUCUCCCUGCGGGCAGCCUAUAAGAAUUACUAUGAGCUGGUGACAGUGAGCGCGCUGGACCGGGAGGAGAGGCCUCAGUACAUCGUGAGUGUGACGGCAGCAGAUGCGGGCUGGCCUCCUCUGAGCACCACGCAGACCUUCACGGUGGAGAUCUCGGAUGUCAACGACAACGCCCCCGUCUUCAACCAGAGCUCCUACACCAUGUACGUGCGUGAGAACAGUGCGGCCGCGGUGUUUGUUGGAGCCGUGAGCGCUGCAGAUGCUGACGUGGGGCUGAAUGGCAAGGUGAGCUAUUCCCUGGCAGCAGAGCAAGGGGCGGAGCGGCCCUGGUGCUCCUGCCUGUCUGUGGACUCGGAGAAGGGGCACGUGUUUGUGCUGUUUCUAAUGGGCUUUGG